CGUAGGUGUUCCCUGUGGGAUCGAAAAAUGCAGAACUAUGUUCCUGUCAGUGACUCGACAUUGAUCUUGUUUGCACCAUGAUGGUUACCUGUAGCCAUGACCACUAGUACCAUCCCUGACUAUGAAGAGAUUCAGAGAGCUGCCAAGGAGAGGGCAGAGAUUGUUGCCAAAUACGACAAGGGCAGAGAAGAGGGCGCACAGAUUGAUCCAUGGGAGGAUCCAUUAUUUGAGGUGUAUCACGUCACAGACAGAUAUGGAUUUAUUCAUGACACUCCAUUGCCUGAGGUUACCGAUGCAGUCGAGGCAAAGAGCCGUGCCCAGGAAGUGGAAAGAACUCAAAAAUGGCUGAAGAUGGUAAAAAACUGGGACAAGUAUUAUCCUGGGGAAAAGCUGACACGGCGCGUCUACAAAGGCAUUCCCGACAGACUGCGUGGUGAGGUCUGGUCUCGGUUGUUAAACGUUAAAAAAGUGAUGGCUGAACAAGAAGGAAUAUAUGAGCACAUGAAACAGCGUGCCAGACAAAAGUCUACAUCUAUUCGACAAAUAGAUCUAGAUGUCAACCGAACGUAUAGAAAUCAUAUCAUGUUCAGAGAAAGAUAUGGUGUCAAACAGCAGGCCUUGUUCCAUGUGCUAGCAGCAUACUCAGUCUACAACACAGAGGUCGGCUACUGCCAGGGCAUGAGUGAGAUUGCAGCCCUCUUACUCAUGUAUCUCAAUGAGGAGGAAGCAUUUUGGGGGUUGUCUCAGCUGUUUAUAAGUGAAAAGCACACAGUCCAUGGUUUUUUCAUUCCUGGUUUUCCGAAACUGAUGCGCUUCCAAGAACAUCAUGAUGUUGUAAUUAAGAAGUUUAUUUCCAAAACCCGGCGCCAUCUGGAGAAGAAUGAAAUCUAUCCAGCCCUGUACACCAUCAAGUGGUUUCUGCAAUGCUUCUUGGAUAGGACUCCAUUUCACCUAACUUUACGACUGUGGGACAUUUGGAUGUUGGAAGGUGAUCGUGUUCUUACAGGAAUGGCUUACUGUAUUCUUAAACUUCACAAAAGACGGAUUAACAAAAUGCAAAUAGAUGAUCUUCUGACAUUCUUCCAGUCAACGUUAGAGAAAGACUUUGUUUAUGACGACGAUUCUGUGAUAGAGCAACUGCAAAUUUGCAUGGAAGAACUCCGUAAGGGCCGAAUGGAUCUUCCACCGAAACCUAGGAUAAAUGAAAGCCCGACCCUUCCUUUCGGUUUGGACAUUGAACCCAGCCUGGACCAGCUGGUUGGGAGGAGAACCUCGGAAUCGAUAGACGAUCAUUUCCGGCGCCAUCCCCCACCCCGUAGCGGGAAGGCAGCCUAUUUGAGAAAACGCCAUCUCAACAAUCUGAACAGUCCCGAAAUGGCACACAGCGACACACGAUCUGUACAGUCUAGUCGAUUAUCGGAAUACUCAAUAGACGACCAAUCGUCUUCGUACGACACGGCGGCCAACUCGAGGAUGUCUCUCGUGGACUACAGCCGCCGGACGUCGACGCCCAGUUCACGGACGUCGUACGCCGACGCGUCCGAGGUGAACAGUCUGAACCUGACGCUGAGUCAUCAACACCUGGAGCAGGUGGAGGACACCGGUCACGAUGACUCGUUCGACCGGACGGUCGAGUACGACCACAUAGAUCCGCCACUUGCGUCUACCUCACAGUUUCACAGAGUGGACCAGCCUCUGCAGGCCGUGAAGAUACUGAACGUUCACAUCGAGCCCAUGGAGGCCGAUUCGAAACCCCCAUCGGACACGUCGGAAUACGACAAUGUGAACGGCGUCGAAGAGCGCCGCGACGGAGACACGACGCCAGUGCCGAUGCACGUCAGCCAGUCGGGCGGCUUUGACAACGUUUACAACAACAAGUUUCCCAAGAGCAAGUCAGAUGGGUACGUGUCUGUGAGUCGUGACAGCGAAAUGGUUGUGGUGAACGGUGUCGACGGCAGCAUCACGUCGCAGAUGAAGGUGGCAAGGACCGAGGACCAGCUGAGUCGUAGUCAGCACUCGGACUCGUCGUAUCGCAACUACGUCGACCAGCAGAACGGGUUCCAGGUGGAGAGGCAGUACUCGCACCACGUCACCCAGUCCACCACAACACGCACCAGAACUGUACACACAAAGCAGCACAAAGAAACGGUUUUCUUAUGAGAUAUCAUCUUUUAGAUACUAAAUCUUUAUUAUUUAGAAAUAAAGUAUUUACAUAGGUUUGAAAUUUUCAUUGUUUUGACAUUAUUCUUGACAAAAUAAAAAUGAGUGCAAGUAUUGAACAAAUAAUUAAGGAAUUUUUUUUAUAUUGCAAUAGAGUUGUGAUGAUAUUUUAAAAAUCCACCUUUAUCAUGUUUAUAUAUAUAUAUAUAUAUAAGUGCUAUCGGUGUAACAUUUUAUUAAGAAUCGGUAUGGAUAGAUAAUUGCAGUGUUCAUUGUUAAUAUACUGUGUGUAUAUUACAUUGUAUAUUUGUAUAGAUACAUGUUGAAAAUGACUCCAAUAAUAUAAAUUGCAUUCAGUGAUAUGCUUGUGAGUUAAUCGAAUGGAAUAGCCAGUUUGUUCUUAGAUUCUUGCCAGUAUUUGCUUUUAUUUCUAGUAGGCUGUUUAGAAUUUCAAUUAAAUCAUAUCUGUAUAUUUAGUAAACAUAGCUUUGAUUCUAAAGAUUUCUUCAGUUAGUUUUUGGUAUAUGGUAUUAACACUCAAUAGUUUGGUCUGCAGUAAGAAGUAUGGUGCUUAAUCAGAGGCCUAGCUUGGGAUUUUUAAGUGGUACGCAGACUUUUUCAGCAAUGGAAUAAAACUCUAUUGUCAUAGAGCAUGCAUACCUGCAUAUAUGGAAGCUAGGUCCCUGUUAAUAAUAUCCAACCUUCUUUCUUUCUACCUUCUUGAAUCCUCGUUGCAACAGAUGUGCUUAAAAACAGCUUUAUUUUAUUUCUUUAGUUAAACCAUGAUUUUGACUUGCAGGAGGGGUGGGAUGUUGCCCAGUGGUAAAACGCUCGUCUGAUAUGCAGUCAGUCUAGGAAUGAAUCCCAUCUGUGGGCCCAUUGGGCUAUUUCUCGUUCCAACCAGUGCAACACGACUGGUAUAUCAAAGGC